AUGCAUGGCCUUGUUGCGGCGAACACGGUGGCGGCUGCAUCGGCUUGUUCGGUGUGGGAUGUCUACGGCACUCUUCAAGUCCUCACUAUUAUAAAUACAUUUCUACCAAAUGUGCUUGGAACUGUUAAAGUCCUUGAAGGUGAUGGACAUGUUGGCACACUUCUAAACGUUACAUUUCCACCAGGAACUCCUGGAGUUGGUUAUAUGAAAGAAAUGAUUACAAAGGUUGAUAAUAAGAAGCGUGUGAAGGAAACAGAAACCAUUGAAGGAGGAUUUAUAGCAUUGGGCUUCAAGCGUUAUAUAACUCAAUACAAAAUUAUUGAGAAAAAUUCUACAUCAAGUAUUAUAAGAUCAACAAUAAAGUAUGAGCUUGAUGAUAAGUUAGCAAAUCUUACUUCUCUAAUAAACACCAAGCUAGUUGAGACACUUGCAGAAACCGUUGGGAAGUAUCUAACUGAGAAGACACCUCCUCCUUAUUAG